ACAGAUGCUAACACGGCAGAUUAUCGCAGACUUUACGUCCAGCUGUGCUUUCAGCUGCGCGUCUUCUGCAGGUCACAAUGUUCCUCCACUUCCUGUCUCUGUGGCCGCACAUUUUCCCCGUGGUCAUGUGCUGCCCUCGUUCCGUAAUGCACCGUAAUCUCCAGGACCGUAACGGGACGUCCAUCCGGUUCCUGGCGGUGGGGGACUGGGGGGGCCUGCCCCACCCGCCCUACAGCACCCCGGUGCAGCAGGCCACGGCCCGCGGGAUGGGGCGCGCCGCCCAGGACAUGGGGGCCGACUUCGUGCUGGCGCUCGGAGACAACUUCUACUUCACAGGGGUGGACAGUGUGGAGGACCCCCGCUUCCAGGAGACGUUUGAGCGCGUCUUCACCGCACGGUCGCUCCACGUGCCCUGGUACGUCAUCGCUGGGAACCACGAUCACCACGGCGACGUGAGGGCGCAGAUCGCCUACAGCAGGGUCUCUGAGCGAUGGCACUUCCCAGAGCUCUACUACGAGCUGAAGUUCGGCGUGCCGGGGGGGCCGGGCCCCACGCUGACGGUUCUGAUGGUGGACACGGUGCUGCUGUGCGGGAGCUCGGACGACUUCGCGGACGGGGGCCCCCGGGGGCCGGCGGACGCGGCGGGGGCCGGCCGGCAGCUGCGGUGGCUCCGCCGCAGGAUGGAGGCGUCCCGGGCGGACUUCCUGCUGGUGGCGGGGCACUACCCCGUGUGGUCGGUGGCCGAACACGGCCCCACGCGCUGCCUGCUGGAGGAGCUGCGCCCCCUGCUGGUCAAGCACAGGGCCACCGCCUACCUCUCGGGCCACGACCACAACCUGCAGUACCUGGAGGAGUCGGGCGUGGGGUACGUGGUGAGCGGGGCGGGGAACUUCGUGGAGAACAGCACGCGGCACUGGGCGCACGUUCCCCGCGGGGCCCUCCGGUUCUUCAGCGGCCAGUCCUCCCCACUGGGGGGCUUCGCCCACGUGGAGGUCACCCAGGAGCGCAUGGUCAUCACCUUCAUCCAGGCCAGAGGGUCCUCUCUCUACCGCGCCUCGCUGCCGCCAAGAGGCAUCAAUCUCUUCGCUGCCCCCUAGUGGAGUGGAGGACAAAAAGUCCAAAAUUCAAUCAGCAUUUAUUCUUACCAU